ACUGAGAAUUCUGUCAGACUUAAGGUAAAGGAAGCACAUGUUUCCUACUUCCGGUUAAAAUCAAAACAAGAACGAGUAUGUCAGAAACGGAUGAGGAGAAAACCUUGAAUUUCCAUGAGAUGGGAUUGGAUGACAGAAUUUUAAAGGCAAUAGCAAAUUUAGGCUGGGAAACACCAACACCAAUUCAGGAAAAAGCAAUCCCUCUGGCUUUAGAAGGAAAAGACAUUUUGGCAAGGGCUCGGACUGGUUCCGGUAAAACAGCUGCAUUCUCUAUUCCUGUUGUGCAGAAAAUAUUACAGUCUAAACAGACCAGUAAAGAACAGUGUACAAAGGCUCUUUUCCUGACACCUUCAAAGGAACUAUGUAACCAAGCAUAUAAAAAUCUUAUGGAAUUGACAUCAUGCUGUUCCAGAGAAAUAAAGUGUGUUGAUGUUUCACCUAAAGUUCCACUGCUUACACAAAGACCCAAAUUGAUGGAGAAACCAGAUAUAGUUGUUGGGACACCUACACGUAUCUUGGCACACAUACAGGCUGGUAACCUCAGUAUCAAAGACACCUUGGAGAUGCUUGUUAUAGAUGAAGCAGAUCUGGUUUUCUCUUUUGGCUAUGAGGAUGAUGUUAAAGCUAUCAUAAAACAACUGCCAAAGAUAUAUCAAGCUUUCCUUAUGUCGGCUACACUCAGUGAUGAUGUAUUAAGUUUGAAGAAAUUAGUACUUCAUAAUGCAGUAAUUUUGAAGUUAGAAGAAUCACAGUUACCUGAAUCUUCACAGCUGACACAGUAUCAUAUAAAAUGUGAAGAAGAAGAUAAGUUUACAUUGAUAUGUGCCUUGUUAAAGUUGGGACUAGUACGAGGAAAGUCUAUUAUAUUUGUAAAUAAUGUUAAUCGUUGUUAUAAAUUAAAAUUAUUUUUGGAACAGUUUGGUAUAAAAAGUUGUGUGCUGAAUUCAGAACUUCCUGUUAGUUCAAGAUGCCAUAUUGUGACACAGUAUAAUGAAGGAUUGUAUGAUUAUAUAAUAGCCUCAGAUGAAACAUUACUGAUGAAUCCUAAAACCAAUCCAAAUGAACCUACGAAAAAGAAACAUAAACAAAUAAAGAGAGAUAAAGAAUAUGGUGUUUCCAGAGGUAUAGACUUUCAGAAUGUGUCGAAUGUUAUUAACUUUGAUUUUCCAUCAACGGUAGAUACAUACAUUCACAGAGUAGGAAGGACUGCUAGGGGAGAUAAUCAAGGAACUGCAUUGUCAUUUGUCAAUAUAAAGGAAAUGAAAUCAUUAGAAGCAGUUGAAGAAGCUCUAGCUGAGUCAACUCCUGAUGGUGAAAAUGUUUUUAAGCCAUACAAUUUCAAAAUGGCGGAGAUUGACGGUUUUAAAUACAGAGCAAAGGAUGCUAUGAGGGCUGUUACCAAAGUUGCAAUUAGAGAAGCAAGAUUAAAAGAAAUUAAAAUAGAAAUUUUAACUUCACAGAAAUUAAAGUCUUAUUUUGAAGAUAAUCCAAGAGAUUUACAAGUACUAAGACAUGAUAAAAGUUUGCACACAGUAAAAAGUUCUAGUCAUUUGAAAGAUGUUCCUGACUAUCUUAUUCCACAGACACUCAAAAACUUGAGUGGGAGAGGAAGACAGUCAAGAUCAGGAAAUAGACAGUUUAACAGAGGCCCAACACAGACUGAAAAGAAAUUUAGGAAAAGGAAAGCUGAUCCUUUGAAAAGUUUUGAGUUUGCGGGACUUGGUAAUAAGAAAAAGAGAAGGAAAUGAAUAAAUUAUAUGAACAUUAAAA